UGGAAAUCCACGUAAACAUGGCGACUUCCAGUAUCGCACUGAAAUUUUGUUAAGACAUGUAAGAGAUUUCGCCAAAGUAACAGUGCUUCUCCCGCAGCAUGGAGGGCUCAGAAAAGAUGUCAGGAGGUAGUCAGGAAGAGGCUACCACUGAAACUUCACAUUCAAACCCUGUGCCUUCGAAAGUAGAAAAUUUACCGGAAGAAACAGUUGAUCAGGUGAACACCUCCCCCGGCCUGGAAGAUCAAGUACAAACUUUGACAGAUCCUGAUGAUAAGGUGUCAUCAAAAACUGGGGAGAAACCCAGUGACAAAGACACAGUGACACCUGAAAACAACGGCAGCAGUCAGUCCUCUGAACAGGAGCAAAGGAGUAGCCCUCCAAAUCAAAUGGACUCUUCUAAGUUAGACUCACCUACUGUAAGGACUGACUGUCCCACUGAAGGGGAUCAGGAUGGUACCACUGUAGAAGAGGGGGAGGUUGAACACGAGGGGUCAGCCAGCCCAGAGAGAACUGAGAAGAGUCUUGAUAAUUCGUCUCCUGUUGUGGAAGAUGUGGGGAACAACGGGAGAAUAAGGUGGACAGUCCGGUUGAAUGUUGAAGCCGAUGUUGCAAACAAUGCAAGUAUUCAAAGGAAUGAUGCCAGCCAAACACAGCUCAACUCCAGCAAUCAAGCUGCUCUGGAAGAAGGUGUUAUAGAACACUCCAACAGCACCAGUCUCCCUGUUGCUGUACCCGCAUCUGACCCAACCGAAGCUGAGCAGGAAAACGGCACUGCGCAAGGAGUGGAUGAAAAGUGCCCUCCCGUGUCCAUUCCCACCCCAGAAUUGGACAGGCGGAUUAGCGUGUCAGAGGUUGUGAAAGAGACUAGCAACUCGGUGACCCCGAGCAAGCCCGGGACACCCGAAACAGGGAUUUCCGUCAACACCAAAGGAGAUCUGGGCCUUCAGUCCAGGCUGACCACCCCACACCCUCCCAGCAGGACCCAUCCAGACAGGCCCCAGACCGAGGCGUCCGGCAGCACCGAGUUCACGUAUGACGAGAAGAAGGACUUCAGGACACCAGACUACGAGUACGCCCAGACGCCCCUGUUCUCAGUCCGGGGCGACUCGGCCCUCCGGCAGGAACGGAGGACAGUCAGCCGAGGGGACAGCACCAAGAGCGUGACCUUUGCCGAUGACCUGAUGGGCAGGAAGAGUGCCAAGGAUUACGAGGUGGAAGAAGGAGACGAGGAGGCAGGGGACUCAACCCGAGAUGCAGGAGAUGACGAGACCAGGAUGCCAGAAGCAGGCAAGGGAGAAACCGCAUCCACGGUCGAAGGUGAAACCGCAGCGGACGGCGCAGGCGAAGAAUUGCCAGAGGAGAAGGAGUCGGCAGAGACAGCAGCCGCUGACCUCUUCCCGACGGCAGUCAGCGAGGAGAAGAUCGAGGAGGCCAAACAGCGGAGGAAGGAGCGAGCUGCCAGCGACGCAGCGCUCAAGGAACAGCGGCUCGUGGGGCUGUUCGGGGCACCACGGCUGGAAGAGAAGCACUCCAUGGAGGACGUCGUGGGCAGCAGAGCUAGGGAGCACUUUGAUAAAGGCUGCGUUUGCCUGUCUGAGCUGCAAUACGGUCAGGCCGUCGUCUGCUUCGACAAGGCCAUCAACCUGUGCUCCAAGGAGGUGCGGUACUACCUGAUGCGGGGGGAGGCCUACCUGCAGUUGUGCGACUUCCAGUCGGCCAUCUUGAACUUCAAAAAAGCAUGCGUGCUGGCCCCGGACAACGACGCCUAUUACAGCCGACUUGCGUUUGUGUACUAUUUCCAGGGGCAGACGUUGUUUGACCAGUGCCUGUUUGCCGAGGCCCUGGAAUCCUUCUCCCGCGCGUCUGAGAUGAGACCGGAGAUUGUUGGUUACCACACAAGGAGUGUGGCGUGCCUCGCAGCCUUACAGAGGCACGGCGAAUGCCUGGCGUUGGUCAACAAGCGGCUGGAAGUGGAGCAGAACAACCCCGACCUGUACAUCAUGAGAGCACGCCUGCAUGAGCUCUUCCGGAACACGUCCCUGUGCUACUAUGACCUGAAGGACGCCAUCGCCCUGGACCCCGGCCAGGCCGAGGCCAGCGCCCUCAUGAGGCAGCUGGAGGCCAGGGCCGAGGAGAACCGCAACCACGCUGUCCGCCUGCAGCUGCAAGGGAAAUUGAAGGAGGCGGUGCACAAGAUCACGGAGGCAGUGGAGACCAACCCGGCCGUGGCCGACUACCACCUGCUCAGAGGUGCUCUUCAUCGCCGUCUCCACGACUACAAUGCCGCCAUCGACGACUUCCUCCUGGCCCUGGACAAGACAGACCACAACGAGCAGAGCCGCGUCUACUUGGAGGCCCAGCGCCAGCUCCUGCUGACCUACAACGACUUCGCCGUGGAGUGCUUCCUGGGGGGACACUUUGAAGAAGCCAUCAUCCUACUGAACAAGGCCAUCAAGGGGGAGAAGAGAGAAAAAGGGCUUUAUAUCAACAGACUAGACUGCUUCUUCCGUUUAAAUGAGCUCCACUUUGCACUGGCCGACUACCAUCAGGCUCUGGAGCUGGACAACGGCGACUGGACCAUUCGAUCCCGCAUUGCCUCCAUCCACAGCGAGUUCGGCCUGCUGGACUACGAGGAGCACAGCUACAAGGAGGCGGAGGCCCGCUUCACCGUGGCCAUCCAGCACAACCCCAGGGUGGGGUCCUUCUACAUCUACCGGGCCAAGGUCCGCUACAUGCUGGAGAACCACCCCGGAGCCCGACACGACCUCCUGGUCACCCUCCACCUGGAGCCCAACAACGAGGAGAUCCUCUCCCUCUUGCCUCGCCUCUUUCCGGGCAAGACCAUCGCUGAGAUUAUGAGGAGCAAGGCUGGCCGCCAGGCCAAGGCUGAGGUGGAGAAUGCUGUAGUCACAGCUUCCCCGGUCCGCCUGCCGGCUCUGACUGGGGAUGCAGCAAGCAGAGGGGAACAGCUAAGCAGCCCACCACAGGCCAAGGCUCCAGCAGGGGCAGCUGCCAAGCAAGUGGCUUUUGCACCAGCCGCUGCCACUCCCCGUGAUUCGGUCAUGCCAGACCUGAAGGCGUGCAUGGACGAAAUUGGCUUCAACACUGUGUUGGCCAAGAAAAAGAAAAAGAUCUCGUCCCAUGUGAAGAGCCUCCUCCACGACAGGCAAUCUCUGUGGACUGACGCCCCUAAGCUUUGCCCUCAGCCGCCAGCCCGCCCCUACGAAGUACGCGGAGGCAAUCCCAACAAGAAUCAGUCCAACAUAGACCCAGCCAUGGGUUGGAGGUCAUUCAGUGUGGGCGUCGGCCUGAAGUAGUCUACUUUUGCCGCAGGUGAAGUGCCCCGCCCAGCCACGUCGCCACACCCAGUCAUGGUGCCAAGCUCAACCAUAAUUCUGCGCACAAUCAUGGUUGCUGCAUGCUCUUCAGAUAACCGUUAAUGGGAUGUUGUCAUAUUUUCUGCGAGUGCCACACCCGCCAAAGUCGUCACACCCAAUCCAGUGGCCAACCCGCCGGAUUGCACAUUCUGUAUGUGGUUGCUUUGCAUUCUUCCCGUACAUGAUAAGCCUCACAUUUGCUUUGUGUGCAGCAGUUGCCACACCCACAAUCGGCCACGCCCACUUCCUGUUACUACAUCCUAUUACUGCCAUGCCUUCCGUCCAUUACUAGUUGAUUAGGUGCUACUUUGAUCUCCCUAGUGCAGAUAUUCAGUGCUCAUGUGGGUUUUGAUAACAACUUGGCGUGUUGCAAGAGCUCAGCUUUAUUUUUGUAUAUUAAGUAGGCCAGUGCGUAGUGCGAUGGAUCCAUCCGUUACCCAGACCGGGUAAUAUAUCAUACCUUCUCAAUCCGUACCAUACCACACCUGGGAUAUCCUCGGUCAAUAGUAUGUAAAUCCAGCCAAACAGUGCUGUAAGACUGUCAUGACUUCUGCAGGAAUUGACUAUCGCGCGGAGGGGGGUGUAAUGCCCCCUGGGGUCACGAUAACUUGAUGACCUCAGCCCGUCCAAGAAAGAAGAUGUCAAGUGAGGUUGAGUGGAUGUGGUUGAGUCCACCACAGGUGCCUGCAAGUCCAUCGCAAGUUGUCCAGUAGUCUUGAUCCUAGUCACCAGCUAUUUGAAACAACCUUGACAACAGUAUUGCUUCGUUAUCAUUUCCAGUAGUCGUGACUGGUCUUUUUGGAGGGGCUUGUGAUUUCCUCAACCAUGUCUCUGCGAAUAAAAGCCAUAACCUAUUAACUGGAAAGACAAACAGAGUUCUCCCGAUGCUGCACAGGGUCAGGAAGUUUGCCGAGGUGUUCCAGUGUCGAUGUCUGUUGGAUAGGAGUUCACUGACACGGUGACAGCUGCAGGAUUCGAUAAACACC